AUGACUGUGCGCAGUGGGAGGUACUCGGUAAGCUGCCAUUUCUGUUAUUCCAACAACCCUAAUUGUGUCAUCUUUGUCGGUGUUUUUGUUGACCUGCAACAUUAAACUUUACCAUUUUUAUCUUCUUGACAGACCGGAUACAUUGGCAAAGUUCCGUUUGUCUCCAAGCGACUCAGCCAGACCACUUGUUACCUCGGUGACGUGGCAUUUAGAUGUGUGUACGCUAACAGUAAGUCGCAUGAAAAUGACUGCUAGUGUUAGUGCAGGAAAAUAUUGUUAGGCAACAGUUAAAAAAGGAAGAUAAACCGCGAUAUUUAUAAAUUUUCCUUCUAACCCCUAGAUGGCAGCAUUUUGGGAACGCAUAUAGUGGUGCCCAACAUCACCAAUGUGGACAGGAUAUACAUUGCCAGCACCUAUCCUGUCACAGUCCAUAGGAUCGAAAAGCACGUUCGGGACAAGUCCUCCAAAGGUUCGUCCACCAGUGCCUCAUUUCUUCGUUCAAGUCUAAGUUAUCAGUAGCAUUCUUAUUUGAAUUCCUGCUCUUCAUACAUAAGUCUCCCUCCAAUGUCCCGUCCUCCUCACUGAGACUGAACUACCGACAUUUUAGAUCGUUUUAUCGUCGAAGAAAAUAUGCACCUGACCAAAUGCCCCGAAUAUAUGCAAACGAAGCUGGUUUGGAAAUUCCCCGGAAGUGUGGCUGACAGGACAGAUGUAAGUGAUUGUCUGUCUACCACAACAAUACCCGUUCCCUGAGACAGUCAGGUUGCCAUAAUGAACUGCGUGUUCGUUUCUUUCCCGCCAGUUUGAAUGUUUUCGAGACGGCAGUAGACUAUGCAGAGGAACCACGACAACAAUGGAGGCUGGCAAAUGUGGUGAGUUGAGGGGAAUUCACUACGCAGUGCGCAUACCUAACCUCCGUCUUCUCUGAUUUUUGAGUGACAUUUGCUUUAACCUAUAUACCGAUGUGUUCAAUUGUCAGCGCGUGUUGCCCUAUUCGACUAACACAUGUCUUAUUUGUGUAUCUGCAGAUGUGACCGUUGAUGGCGGCAAUCUUAUUCAUACUCGGACCGUGAAUGGAACCAAAAAUGUCCUCGAAUUUUUCUACUGCCACCUCAGUCCGUCAACGCCACAUCAUGCACUGACCUACAACAUAGAUUGGCGAGGUGAGUAUUUGCCAGAAUUGUUUCAUCGACUGGCGAGGGCAGAGUAAAUGGUUGGAAUAGGUUUGCUUCGCGAAACUAUCUACUUUAUUCAUCUAAGUAGGCGUUGUUCGGCACACUUUUUGAUCGGGAGCCAGUCAUGCUAUAGCCCGACAGGAUGACACUAGCACUUCAUGUAUGAAUUUGCAGUCCUGCCCACCAUAAUCAAAGCUUUGAUGUUUCAGCCCGUCCGGUAUCGUUCUUCGGUGCUGAAAAUUACACAUGUUUUAUUUGAAAAAGAAUUCCGUCACACGACUGAAGUACUUACUGGUUUAUACCUUGUAUUCUUUCAAUUUCAGCUUCGAAGCCGAUUCCGCCUGAGGGAAUACCGACAGACGCUCCAGGUAAUUUACAACACUGUGACAUGAGGAUUGUGAAAUUGUUCGGGAAGUAUAGACAUUUUUCCGAUUCUGACGUCUGUCCUGCACGUUGUACGUAACUGUGCCAAAUAUCAGAUCGCGUCCAUUUCUAACAAACCAUUGAUGAUCCAGAUGGUUAGCGAAAGCCCACACACUUUACGGGGGGAGGGGGGAGAGCGUAAUCGGUGAACUAAAACCCCUCAAAAGCGUUUUAUUAAUUUCAUCGCAUUGUUCUUUUUUCCAUUCAAUUCCCACAGUCACUGAACGACGACAUGCAAUGAAGACAACGUCCGCUGCCAAACACCUGACAGGUAAUGCUACAUUUCAGCGUGUUGGGAAAAAUCAUUUAGUGGAAAUUAAUCGGUUUCCAUUUCUCUCUUUCCGCCUCUGCUAACCUGUCAAAUUUAUCGUUGCCAAUGCCUUCGUUUACAAUUUUAGAUAGUGCUUAUGGGUCCAUUGAACACCUAUUUCUGCUCUGUGUCAACAUGAAUCAUAUGUGAGCUUCUAUACUCCUGUCCUUUUCAGCGUCAAGUCUGGGAGCCUUGGUUGUGCUAUCCACAGUUUUGGCGGGGCAACGCUGAGAAUCAAGAACUGCUUAUUUCAAAGAUUAGCAUUGCAGUGCUUAACUGCAAAAGAGAAGAUUCUUCUUUCGUUUUCUACCCGCUGCAUGUUAAUCCUCUUACCGUGUAGUCACACCUAGCCAAUAAAUGUUUUUUUUAUUAUGAGAGACCUUCUUAUCUUGUUCUGGAGUGGAAACUGGAGGCUCUACAAGACUGUAGUGUAGGCUACGAGGUAACAGCCUGUGCUGGGGGGGUGGGGGGAAGUGAAUGUAUUGGAAUCUGAUCUGUCGCAAUGCGGAACUGACGCAGCAGUUCCCAAUGGUCGUGAACACAAAGAUUCCCAAGUCUGAAGUCAGAGAAGACGGACUGGUGAAGAAGCACACAUGGUCGCUGGGACACGGCAGUUAUCCGACCAACGUUUCGAAUUCCGGCUCGAGUCCAUCAUCAGAGACAAUGGCAGACACGCGACUGGGAUAGACAAACCUUACUGCUGUAUAAAGGCGCCCGGUAGUCACAGCAAGUUGUCGCUGCAACUUGUUUCUUCAAACGUAUUGUGUGCGUCAGUGUCCGCCGUUGGGGUUCUUUGGCGUCUUUGGUUUGUCCAAGUUGUGGCCGCCUCUAGCCAAUCACCCAGAGAGCGUGGUUGAUUAACUUCGAGCUCUCGCAAGGCCAGUGACAAGAAUCACGCGGUCCCCGCAACGAAUCCGCGGAGGACGUGGGGCGAGAAGAAGGGCAGCGUGACAAGGCAGCGGCCACCAAGUGAGCAGACUGCCACGGGGCCAGCUGCCGCCUCUAUGCAUGCAGACCUAAAGAGACUGCAGACUGCUUCAAUGUCAAAUGUAAAAACCAUAAGGAUCACUGCUAGAGUAAUUUCCUCGAAAUUGCAGUUUCUACUCUAAGACGUCUUCGGCCGUGAUGAUAUUUCUAUCGAGCUCACGCUAAGGAAAUCCUUCGCAGUGUAUUAAUGGGACUGCCAUGUGACUUGCAUUCGACUGCCUCUGACCGGUUCAGGUCCAAAACGAUGUUCGUUGACAGCGGAAAUUGCCGAGGGUUAGCGGCGCAUGUUUCAAAAAUCAGAGUCGAUUUAUGGGCUGUGGACUGCCACCUGACCCUGCGCCACAAUACGGAAAGAUCCUCACGGCCAGGUUAUGCACUCCUUCCCGUCUACAUUAAAUGGCCACUCGGCCUUUUCAGUGAAACCCUCAACAGCUGCAUGGACUACACGUCUCAAUACGACAGUCCUUGAGGACCCUAGGUUAAAUCAGUUAAACGCCGCUUUCACUUACCCCUGGAGAGGACAUUGUCGAGAUCAGGAAGCCUGUGUUAUUAGGACAUUUUAGUUAAAUUCUCAAUGAUGAACUGGAAUGUCUUAGGUUUCAGUGUCACCCCAGCCGAAUCUAUGGCUUAGGGGCAGACAACCCAUGCCAACUGAAGCCUACACUCAUGGGAGAUUGCCUGCUCGCUGUUACACGACAACUUGAACGGCUCCAUGAGAAUUCUGCGAAACUCAACGAAACCAUCUUAUCCGAAAAGGCACUUUAAUAUUCCCUGGUCCAACCGAUACUCGGUAGACCUAAAGCGGGGCAGAAUGAGGCCUAAUUAGCAAUCAGCUUUUUACGUUCAGGGACUGUUUGUCGUGCCAUCAAGAACACGUAGGGACUGAGAAAGUUACCACAUUGUCACGGUUUACCAUGCGAACGACGUAUAGAAUUUUACGUCCUAGUCGUAGACAAGUAGUGAGGUUGCUGGAGAUUUUAAAAUCCCAAAACAUGGAAACAUGAUCUCGACGGGGUCUGUAAACUCCCGCUUCAUUCUCGUCCUGGAGGGUCUUUCUGGGUAUGUGAUGAUGGUGGUUUAAUCAUAGUCACUAUAUCACAGUGGAAAUUGCAGGACCGAGCAGGCGAUCAAGUAGGCUACGUGAUUAUAUCAUGUUCUGGAAAUGAAUACACUUGCUGGAUUCGCGUUUGCUGAUGUGACAAUUCCCAACUGGCAACGUCACCAAUCCUAACUAAUCUGCAACUGAGAUCACACGACAGUUCGACUGUCGACUUCGACGAUGUUCUCCGUAUGCACCACAUCGGGACGAGAGCUGGAACGAUAGCUUGUGACGCAUCUACCGCAUUCUCUUCUUCUUCUUCUUCUUCUCCUCCUCCUGGGUCCGGUGUCAUUGUCAAGUCACGCAAAAACCAACACGUAGACGCGGUGAAAGCAUCGGAGCGUCAAGAACAGUUCAAAAAACCUUUCCCUGGACAGGUAGAUGGGAUACAAUACAGAUGGUUAGCGGUGUGUGUCCGGAGAAGCCGAGCAGUGUUAUUACGCUGUAAGCUUCUUUUUGGCUUUAUCCAGAACUGACAACUAUGUUUACACCCAACUUUCUACUUAUCGACCAGGAUCGGCAAUGUUAUGACCCGGUAGGAAGGUAGGACAGGAAGAGAGCCGGUUCGGAGGACAAGCACUUUACUGGAACUUGCGGACAGGAGGGGGUUCCAACUCGUAAGAAAGGUGUGCUAUUUAUUGGCUCCCGUGCGUUCUGGAACAUUCCGUCCAAUGACGUGCCAGUCGUAGAGGGCGUUCUAGAAUGUUCCUGUCCCGAGCGUGCUGGUCGCUGAUUGGCCACCGCGUGCGCGAUAGCCCCGCCGGGGAAACGUCUGGAAUGUUCGGCCAUCCAUUGAUUGGGCCGCACACAUGAGCAAAACCACCACGCGUGCUCGGAGCUGCAGUGCGCGCGUGACUCACGUCGCCGAUUUGGCCCUUUGUUUGGCGCCUUAGGCCGUGGCUCUACGCCGCUUUCGAUCUCCAUAUCAGGCAACAUGAACUUAAUUCUAGAUCCCGUUAUGCUGCCUUCUCGCCCCUCAAAGUGCCACGCCGAAGAUUCGCUGGACAAACAGGCGUUAUCUGGAAUGCGCACCCAUAACAAAUGCAAACACUGGGGAUGUGACUGCAGGCCCGUUUGAAGGCUCAUUUCGCGUCGAUUCUUGACUCUGUCACCACACUGGGUCCCAGUGGAGGACGGUGAGAUGUAAAAGGAGAGAGAGUGAGGGAUGCUGCGCAAGUCUACUAUCAGUAUGAACUAAUUCACGUGCAAGCCAUCGUCCCUGAUCUCAUCCCGCUGUGGAGCACACGGCGGACCGGGUCGAAAUCGAGGUGCAAACCGCCGCGAGGAUAUUGCGGUUGCGUCCCUAUGCCUCCAUCAGCCUUAUUUGCGGCUGUCACUGAUUGUUGGUUCGACUGAAAAUCCGAAGAUCCAGACUAGGAAACUUAUUGUUCGGGUGACCACAUUUUCUCCUUCUCUCUCUCUCCUCCCCCUCCUUCUCCUCCUCUUCUUAUUCUUUGAAAUAGGGGAGCUGAUUUUUAGGAUGAGAUGGACUCGUACUACCUUAUGAAUCACCUCACUGUUACCCAAAGGAUCAUGACAUGCGUGGAUCUGUGACGGAGAGCUUUAAUUUGUAGCACGGAAAACGGCCAAAUGAAGAGGCAAUUCGAAACUUCUCCGAACAUGGAGUCGAACCACGAAGCCGCCUUCUUAAUAUGGCCUUUGGAGCAUUAUCGCCUUUUAAUUUCCUCAGAAAUUAUCUACGAAUUUGGACUAAAUCAGUUUAUUCAAGGUCUAUGGGCACUGACCGAGAAUUUUAUACAUGAAUAUUUGGGACAAAGUCCAUCAGGCACAGCGGGUAACCGCGUAAUAUUCAUUGACUGCCGACAGGCAGCUAGUAGUAUGCUUUAGGGUAAGGUGAUACCAUACUAACAGCACAGGUACUAGCCAAAAGCCUGGAUGGAGACAUAGGCUCCUCCGUUUGCAGCCUCGUAUACGAUGAGUUAGGAACCAGACUGUGUGGUGCGCGCGUACACGGACUCUUCGGUCUUGUCAGUUACCUUACCUUUAGAUCACGGUGGGCAGUGUCCUGGUCUGUUGCCAGGAUGCAGUGAAAGACCUCCUAACUGAAAAUUAACUCCAUGCCCAAAUCACCCUUCCUGGACGAAAGUCGUGGGGGCAACAGUCGACAGAGUCGCGUGCGACAGUCGAUGUGGGGAGUAUAUCGAUUUUCCACUCUCCUCUUAUUGGACGAACACACAUAUGUCCGCCGAGUUCAUUUAUUUCCUUGAAGGCAUAAGACGUGUAAAAGGCAAAUAAUUCCAAUUUUCCACUGAUAUGUGUCUACUGCGUCAGUAAGUUACCUUGAUACAAAAUAUUGAAGUUCACAAACUUGACCAAUAAGGGCAAAGUUUCGGCAAACUGACUCCUUAAAGUUCUUAAACAUCAGAUGCUUGAGCAGUUAGUUAAAAUCACGUAAUUUUAAAGGGCCGUUAUUAUCAUUAUUAUCAUUUGGUGCUGCUAUUUGGCGCAUUGUCCAGAUAUAUUUCUUUACUGCUUGGCGACAGCGAAUUUACUUCCGACAAUUCUGCCUUCAGUUGUGAUCUCAUCGAUUCUUUUUCUACUUAAUCUGCUGUAUUCUAUGUGAACUUCAACAAUUAAUAGUCGUUUUGUGAUGUUGCCCGCGCGGACAUUGACGAAGUGAAAUUCUGCGAACGCACCUAUUGAUUAUUCAUCUUUGGGACCGAACUGUAAUAAAAUUACCUCAAGGUAAACCCCUCGCAUCAACUCAAAUAUUGUGGUUACAUAUUCACUGUUAUCAUGGAACCCAAUACUUCGUCUUGAGGAUAGACAUGGGCUGACCAAUGGAAAUUGUUCCGCGUCCAUCUACACACUCACAGGCUCCUCUAGAACACGUUUCAUCAGAGAGACUACUAGGGAUCUAUUCAAGCGAGUGCGAGAACACUAGCCCGACUGGCUAAAGCCAUGCAUGGAAAAGUUCGUCUCAGGCGUAAUUGAGGACACCUCGGUUGACCGUGGACACACAGUACAUCCUAACCAAGCAUUUCUAGUCAUCAUCGAGGCGUCGGCGAUACACUCCAAGUUCGUUUGUCGGUGGAUAUUAGCGGAUAGCCGACCAAAGGCUUCAAAGGCGAUACCGAAGGAAUCCGCCUUUGGCACCGCACCAGGGGGAUCUCUGGGGCAGCGAUAUAUGCUGGCAUUAUUUUAUGGUGAUAGUACUCACGCGCCGCUUCACCUAAAAUUCCUAUGCGUUUGACCAACAGGGAGCCGAAUAUCAUGCUCCCUGUUUAGAUGAGAGGUGAAUGUUCCGUGUCUGUGGGACGGACCCGUGUGUGCUACAUAUGAAGGUGUUGAUCGUGGGGUUUCGUCCGCAAAUGUUUUUCUCAAAUUACCAUGGAGGUACAGUAGAUGUGCUAACUCAUGAAAUGUCAACCAAAUUUCGAAAUGCGUUCUCGUUUCGAAAAGAUAAAUUAAGUAGUGUUGUAAAACUAAUCAUGAUGCAGCAUAAAUCUAUAAUAAUCCAGUUACCUCAGGGUGUCGGCUUUCGAAAGAACUUAUAUUCGGCUGCAUGCAAGAUCCAUACUCUGCAAAAAUGACUACAUAUGUAGUAUGCAAUUUUCUCAUUGAUUUUCGAUGCCCUUGAAAAUUCAAUUAUAUUUCAUGGAAAACAUGCAUAAAAAUAUUCAUUCUUUUACUUAUUUGGUAGAAAAUUACGUCCUAUUUCAAUUUUAUCCUCGAACGAAGAGUAUAAUUCGGUUUUGAAAAACUUUUAUAAUUCCCGAAUACUUUUGAACCCGAUCAGCUGUUACACUUGAUUUCAGGGUUUCAAAACUACAAGCUGUAUAUUUUCCGUGUACGGAAAACCAUGCAUUUCUCUACGGGUUCAAAAUUAUUCGGAAAUUAAAAGACCUUUUUAAAACCGAAUUAUGUUCGGUCUUCUUCAUCGGCAUCAUAGCAAUUCUGCGCGUUAGAUGUUAAACGAUAUCCGUAAUUCACAAUGACGCAUUAAGGAUACAUCCUGGAGAAUAUCCAUCGUCGCUAUCCUUCUCUGCCUCCUUCUUUGUCUUCCAUUGCUUCUUCUGUUUCCUCUCCUUCUUCAUAUUCCUCCUAUUAUCCUCCCCCACCCCGACGUGUGCCCAGUAUUGAUGCGUCAGUUGGGAUGUUCCUAUCCUCAUCUUUAGCGUCACUUCCAACUUUUCUGUUCCAAACCCGCGCUACUCACAUCUCCUCUACUUUCCCGAGCAUCUCACCGGUCAUCCGUCGGCUCCUUAUUACCCCUCCGUGUUACAUCUACCGAAGAAGGGCAACCAUCCGUUGUUGGCGAUUGCGCCUUUGCAUGUCUGAUUUUUUUUUCACACGAAAAACCUCUGUUUCCAGCCGCCUUGUCAGGCCCAGAAGUCUUUCCAGGAGAUAUGAUUCCCGUAUGUUCUACCUCUCAGUGAACCGCACACAAUCAUUCUUAUCCGGCUCAUCCAAUGUUACGCAGACUGUUUCUUUAGGUGCGAAUCGAGUGUGUGCACAGGACAAAGCAUCCAAGCAGGUAAGUUUUGUUCAAGCACGCCAUACAGGCAUUUAUCUUCCUCCACGGUCUGGUACGCUGUUGACUGUUCAAGGCAAGUAGUCCUCGCAUGGAACUACUUUGUAGUGAGAUUGGCCAAUCUCACAACAUACAACUGACGAAGAAUCUAACCGACAACAACAACACCACAACGGGUCCGGAAGAUGACUGGGCAGUCAUGCUAACCACCUGUAUACACAACGGGAGCGCAAGCACAUCUACCGACAGGGAACAGGUGCCAAAGAAUUGACAGUGCACACAGGGCUGAGAGGAUCAUGGUUUGCUGAUCGAAGGUCAUUCCCGCAUCACACCACCUCGCUGGCGGAGUUGUUUUCGGCAUCUAUUUUGCCAAAACUCCCUUCCCACCCACACAUCCCUUAACCCCCAUUUUUCGCUUCAAGUCAAACAACAGCUCCAUAGCAAUUGUCAGGCUCCAUUGUGUGUCUUAAACCUGCUCUUCCAUUCAGUCUCACGUGGUGAAGUUCACUCUACACACCACGCCACCUCGCUGGUAGAAGUGUUUUUAAAAUCCUUUCCCUGACACAACGAGACGCUGCACGAAGUGUCGGGAAUUUGGUGGAGGUGUUUUUCUGCCAAUUUCAUCUGCCGCCCUUGCCUGUGUUCCGCACAAACAACUACGAAGUAAUUCUAGUAGUCCAAAGAAAAACAGCUCCUGCAAUUGGGUACUUCUUCGUUUAGGUGGUUGAAAUUUAUGCUUAAGGACGUGUGGACAGUGAGCCUAGUCACAUCGUUUUCGUGUACAUGACAGUUAGUCAGCUGCGGCCUUCAAACUGCCUUUCCACACUUCCCACAUACGUCAUAAUUUCCUCAUGUGCUACCGGUCGUCGGGUUGACAUUGUCCCUAUUUCCUAAACCUGACGUAAUCUAUGUAGAUUCCAACAAUCAUUAUGGGUACGGCGACUGCGUAACACUCGGGACAGAAAGUGCGAUAGGCAACGGUAGGGUGUAGGGCUCCACGUUGCUGGCAACUCCAACCUGUCAACUGAAAUUCACUCUGACUGUAAACAUCACGUAUUAUUAGCCGUUAACAUUGGCUGAGACUUCCAUGCCUUCGGGACUGAACGUAACCUAACCGGCAACGGUUUAUUCAGUCCGUUAUUUUUGGAAAUUGCUGUCUGGAUGUGCGGAAUUCAUUCGAAACCGCAGCGCCCACUCUCUGGCAGGUCAGUUCGCGGGCAACCGAUGAUGUCCUGCUAUCCGUGCGGCAUCCUGUCGGGUUUUCUAAAACGGAAAGAACACUUCAGAAUGUCGGAGUAUGCCGCCUCACUUUGGCUGCCUGUAAGGAGAUAGGAACAAUGUCACCCGGACGACCGGUAGCACAUGAGGAAAUUAUGAUGUAUGUGGGAAGUGUGGAAAGGCAGGUUGAGGGCAACAGCUGACUAACUGUCAUGUGUACGAAAACGAUGUGACUAGGCUCACUGUCCACACGUCCCAAAACAGAAAUUUUAACCACCCAAACGAAGAAAUACCCAAUUGCAGGGGCUGUUUUCAUUUGGGCUACUAGAGUUACUUCGUAGUUGUUCGUGCGAAACACAGGCAAGGGGGCAGAUGAAAUUGGCAGAAAAACACCUCCACCAAAUUCCCGACACUUCGUGCAGCGCCUCUUUGUGUCAGGGAAAGGAUUUUAAAAACACUUCUACCAGCGAGGUGGCGUGGUGUGUAGAGUGAACUUCACCACGUGAGACUGAAUGGAAGAGCAGGUUUAAGACACACAAUGGAGCCUGACGAUUGCUAUGGAGCUGUUGUUUGACUUGAAGCGAAAAAUGGGGGUUAAGGGAUGUGUGGGUGGGAAGGGAGUUUUGGCAAAAUAGAUGCCGAAAACAACUCCGCCAGCGAGGUGGUGUGAUGCGGGAAUGACCUUCGAUCAGCAAACCAUGAUCCUCUCAGCCCUGUGUGCACUGUCAAUUCUUUGGCACCUGUUCCCUGUCGGUAGAUGCGCAUGCGCUCCCGUUGUGUACACAGGUGGUUAGCAUGGCUGCCCAGUCAUCCUUUUCAUCUUUCGGACCCGUUGUGGUGUUGUUGUUGUCGGUUAGAAUCUUCGUUUAAUAGCAGCAAACUGCUAAUAAUUGUCGAAGUCCAAGUCGAGUACACUGGGUUUAGUAGAAGUGUAAUCGAUGAGAUCGCAACUGUAGGCAGCAUUAUUGGAAAUAAUUUUCUCAAAUAAUUGCUCUCUAAAUUCGCGUGACUUUACUUAAUUUCACAAGCAUUUGGUAUUUGCCGAAACAUUAUUCCUAUUGCUCAAGUUUUUAGACUUUAAAGUUUUGUAUCAAAGUGACUUACUGACGCAGUAGACACUUACCAGUCACAAAUAGGUCCAAUUGGCCUUUUAUACGUCUUACCCCUUCAAGUGGAUAAAUGAACUCGGAGGACAUAUGCAGGUUCGUCUUGAGAACAUUUUUGUUUGAUGGCAGUUGAAUAUAUACCCACAAUAGUAGAGUUGAGGCGACGGGUUUACCUUGAGUUAAUUUUAUUAUUGCACUGUCCUGAUGGCGAGUAAUCGAUAUAUGCAAUUACCGAAUUUUACUUCGUCAAUGUACGCGCGGGUAACAUAGCAAAACUGCUAAUAAUUGUUGAAGCUCACAUAAAAUAUACCAGGGUAAGGAGAAAAAGAAUCGAUGAGAUCAGAACUGAAGGCAGAAUUGUCGGAAGUAUAUUCGUUGUCGCCAAGCAGUGAAACCUACAUGUGCAAUGCGUCGAAAAGUGGCUCUUUAAAAUCACGAGAUUUUAAUUGAAUGCGGAAGCAUCUGGUAUUUAAGAGAAUUAGAGAGUCUGUUUGCCGAAUCUGUGUCCGUAUUGAUCAAGUUUGUGAACUUCAAUGUUUUGUAUUAAGGUGACUUACUGACUCAAUAGACACCUGUCAGUAGAAACUUGUAUUAAUUUGUCUUUUUGUGCGUCUUAUGGCUUCAAGGAGGUAACUGACCUCGAGGAACAUGCGUGUGUUCGUUCAAUAAGAGGAGAGUGAAAAAUCGAUAUCCUCCCCACACCGACUGUCGCACGCGACAACGUCGACUGGUGCCCCACGACUUUCGUCCAGCAAGGGUAAUUGGGAUACGGGGUUGUCUAUCAGGGAGGCGGUCUUUCAGUGCAUCCUGGUUACAGAUCAGGUCACCGCCCACCGUGAUCUAAAGGUAAGGCAACUGACAAGACUAAGGAGGUCGUGUACGCGUGCGCCACACAGUCGGAUUCCCAACUCAUCGUAUACGAGGUUGCAGAUUGAGGUGCCUAUGUCUCCAUCCAGGCGAUAGUGUCCCACAUGCCAUAUUAAGAAGGCGAUCUUGUGGCGCGACUACAAGUUUGAAGAAGAUUCGAAAUGCCUCUUCAUUUGACCGUUUUCCGUGCUGCAAAUCAAGGCUCUCCGUCACAGAUCAACGCAUGUCAUGAUUAUUUGGGUAGCAGUGAGGUGAUUUAUAAGGCAGUAGGAAUCCAUCUCAUUAUAACAUCACCGAAGAAGAAGAAACGGAGGAGUAAUUGGAGGAGGAGGAGGAGGAGGAGGAGGAUAAGGAGGGGGACCAGAACGAUAAGUUUACUAGCCUGCGUCUUUGGAUUCUCACUUGAACCAACAAACAUUGACAAUCGCAAAUAGGGGUAAUGGAGGCAUAAGGACGUAACCGCCAUUUCAUCACGGUAGUUUGCACCUCGAUUUCGACUAUGUCUACCGUGUGCUCUACAGCCGUGUGAGAUCAGGGACGAUGGCUUGCACGUGAAUUAGUUCAUACUGAUGGUAGACUUGUGCAGCAUCCCUUGCUCUCUCUCCUUUUACAUCUCACCGUCGUCCACUGGGACCCAGUGCGGUGACAGAAUCAAAAAGACCGGAGGUAGGAGAGGGCGCAGUUUUCUGGGGCGGCGAAAAACCGCCUCCAGACGUACCUCUACCUCCCCGUGACUACAACGCGCACUGGCUAGGGUUUUACGCAACAUGAAUAGAGGGGACGGUUUGGAUUCGAACCGGCGCGAAAUGAGCUUGCAAAUGGGCCUGCAGUCACAUCCCCAGUGUUGGCAUUUCUUAUGGUUGCGUAUUCCCGUUAAUGCCUGUUGGACGCCAAUCCGGACCUCUCUGUUUGUCCAACUCAUCUACCGCGUGACACUUUGAGGAGCGAGAAGGCAACAUGACGGGAUCUAGAACUAGGUUCUGAUUACCAAUCCUGGUCGAUAAGUGGAGAGUUGGGUUUAAGCAUAAUUGUCAGUUCUGGGUAGAGCCAAAAAGAAAUUUACAGCACAAUAAAACUGCUCGGCUUCUCCGGACACACACUGCUAACAAUUUGUAUUGUGUCCGGUCUACCUGUUCAGAGAAAGGUUCCUUGAACUGUUCUUGACUGUACAAUUGUUUCACCGCGUCUAGGUGUCGGUUUUCGCCGUGACUUGACAAUGAUACGGGACCCAGGAGGAGGGGAGUGAGAAGAGAGUGCGGUAGAUGCGUCACAAACUAUCGUUCCCGCUCUUGUCCUCAUGUGGAGCAUACGGAGGACAUCGUCGAAAUCGACAGUCGAACUGUCGUGUGAGCUCAGAUGGAGAUAAAUUAGGAUUGGUGACGUUACAAGGUGGAAAUUGUCACAUCAGCAAAUGCGAAUCCAGCAAGUGCAUUCAUUUCCAGAACAUGUUAUAAUCACUUAGCCUACUAGAUGGUCCAUCCGGUCCUGGAAUUUUCACUUUGAUAUAGUGAUCAUGACUAAAUGACCAUCAUCACCUACCCUGAAAGAUCCUCAAUAGCGAGAAUUAAGCGGGAGUUUAAUGACCCCGACGAGAUCAUAUUCCCAUGUUUUGGAAUUUUUUAAUCUUCAGCAACCACACUUCUGUAAAUCGUUCGCAGGGAAAAAAGUGUCGAUUGGAUGGCUUCCUCAGUCUCUACAUGUACUCAACAUUACGAAAAAUAGUCGUUAAACGUAAGAAGCUGAUGGCUAAUUAGGCCUCAUUCCACCCGACUUUAGGCCUACUGGAUACCGGGUGGACCAGGAAAUAUUAAAGUGCCUCUUCGGAUAAGAUCGUUUCGUGGUGUUUCGCAGAAUUCUCACGGAGCCGUUCAAACUGUCGUGUAGAGGCGUGAAGGCGAUGUCCCAUUAGUGUAGGUUUCACCGACAUUUCUAACUGGAAUAUACAUUGGGCUUGCAUGGGUUGCUUUCUCACUAAGCCGGAACUUCGGCUGGGGUGACACUGAAACCCAAGACAUUCCCGUUCAUCAUUGAAAAUUUAACUAAAUUGUCCUAAAACCACAGGCUUCCUGAUCACAACAAUGUCUACUCCAGGGUAAGUGAAAAUGAUGUUUAACUGAUUCGACCUUGGGUCCUCAAGGACUGUCGUAUAGAGACGUGCAGUCAGUGCAGGUGCUGAGAGUUUCACUGAAAAGGCCGAGUUAUCAUUUAAAGUAGACGGGAAGGAGAGCAAGACCUGGCAGUGAGGAUUUGUCGGAUCUUUCGCAUUGUGGUGCUGGGUCGCGGGCGGGGAGUCCACAGCCCCAUCAAUACGCUCGGAUUUUUGAAACAUACGCCGCUAAGCCUUGGUAAUUUCCGCUUUCCACGAACACCGUUUUGGACUUUAACCGUUUAGAGGCGGUCGCAUGGAAGUUACAUGGCAGUCCAAUUGAUACAUUGCGAAAAUUUUCCUUAGCGUGAGCUCGAUAGAAAUAUCGUUACGACUGAAGACCUCCGAGAUUAAAAACUGUAAUUUCUAGAAAGUAACUCAAGCAGUUAAUGUAUGGUUCUUACAUUUUACAUUGAAGCAGACUACAGUCUCUUUAAGGCGGCAGGUGGCCCCGUGGCAGUCUGCUCACUUGAUCGCCGCUGCCUUGUCCCGCUGCCCUUCUGCUCGCCCCAGGCCCUCUUCUGAUUCGCUGCGAGGACCGCACGAGACUUGUCACUGUCCUUGCAAGAGCUGGAAGUCAAUCAACCACGCUGCCUCGCCGAUUGGCUACAGGCGGCCACGACUUGGACAAACCAACGACUCCAAAGGACCCCAACGGCGGACACACUGACGCGCACAACACGUUUGAAGAGACAACUUGCGGCGACAACUUGCUGUGACUACCGAGCGCCUUUUUACAACAGUAAAGCCUGUCUAACCCAAUCCCCUGUCUGCCAUUGUCACUGAUGAUGGACUCGAGCAGGAGUCCGAAACGUCGGUCGGAUAAAUCUCUUGUCCCAGCGAUCAUGUCUGCUUCCUCACCAGUCCGUCUUCUCUGACUUCAAAUUUGGGGUUUUUUGUGUUCACGACCAUUGCGAACUGUUGCGUCGGUUCCCCAUGGCGACAGUUCAGAUUCCAAUAAAUUCAUUCCCCAGCACAAGUUGUUACCUCGUAGCCUACACUACAGUCUUGUAGAGCAUCCAGGUUUCACUCCGGAACAAGUUAAGAGGGCUUCUCAUAACAAAAAAAUAUAUUUGCUGGGUGUGACUACAUGGUAAGAGGUUUGAAAUGAGAGGAAGAGGAAAAGAAAGUAGAAUCUUCUUUUUUUUCAGUUAAGCGUUGCAGUGUUAAUCUUCGAAUGAGGCAGUUUUUGAUUCUCAGCGUUGUCUCGCUAGAACUGUGGAUAGCACAACCAAGGCUCCCAGACUUGACGCUGAAAAGGACAAGAGUAUAAAAGCUCACAUAUAAUUCAUGUUGACACAGAGCAGAAAUAGGUGUUCAAUGGACUCAUAAGCACUAUCUAAAAUUGUAAACGAAGGCAUUGGCAACGAUAAAUUUGACAGGUUAGCAGAGGCGGAAAGAGAGAAUUGGAAACCGAUUAAUUUCCACUAAAUGAUUUUUCCCAACACGCUGAAAUGUAUCAUUACCUGUCAGGUGUUUGGCAGCGGACGUUGUGUGCAUUGCAUGUCGUCGUUCAGUGACUGUGGGAAUUGAGUGGAAAAAAGAACAAUGCGAUGAAAUUAAUAAAACGCUUUUGAGGGGUUUUAGUUCGCCGAUUACGCUCUCCCCCCUCCCCCCGUAAAGGAUGUAAAAGCUCACAAAAAAUUACGUUGAUACAGGGCAGAAAUAAGUGUUAAAGUGAAUCAUAAGCCCUAUCUAAAAGUUAGACGGAAGCAUUGGCAACGAUAACUCCGACAGGUUAGCAAAGACGGAAUGAGAGAAAUGUUGGACGAUUAAUUUUCCAUGAAUGAUUCUUCCCAACACGCUUAAAUGUAGCCUUACCUGUCAUGUGUUUGGCAGCGGACGUUGUCUGCAUUGCAUGUCGUCGUUCAGUAACUGGGAGAAAUGAAUGAAAAAAAGAACAAUGCGAUGAAAAUAAGGAAACGCUUUUGAGGGAUUUUAGUUCGCCGAAGGGCUGUGGUAUCAGUCUUAUCUACACCACGGCUGCGCCACUGAGGGUUCUUCACAAACUAAAACGAAAACCAGUCAAUUUUGCAGAGCAGUACUAAUUAUCAUGACCAUCGAGAGAUAUUUUAUAGGAAGAUAGCUUUGAUUGUCAGCUAACCGCUCUCUGUGCUAGUGACGCAGAUUAAUCUGUCAGACGAUUGGCGUACUGGCCGACAGUGAGAUCGCUAACGACAGUCAAGUCAUGCUUGAAAUGUCUGCCUAGAACAGAUUAUGGCGUAGCAGCCAGUACAGCAUGGCGUACACGUAGAUGGCGGAGUCACACAGAAGUUAAUCAUCCGGACGAUUGUGCAUCGUACAUCCACGAUCUAAAUGCCAAGAGAAUGUCUGGGUGAGAGUUGAUUUCCUGGUUAAACUUGAUUGACCGCAGUUUUGAGAUAAUGUGAACCCACGUCAAUCAUACAUUACGGAAACACUAGCAGGCUGGAUAAGACGAGAAAGUGUCGAGGAAGCCGAUGUUUUCAAGUGGAGGAAAACCAGAAAAGCGGCCGACGAUGACCAGUUUUCAGUUGAGUUAAGGAGCUAAUGACUGAUCGGCGAGGAUGCUGUGGUGAGGGGGGUUGCUGCACCGCGUAGGAUAGAUGGUUUGGGCGUGGGCGACCUAAAGUAGGGAAAGGUUGUAGUGGUCACAUUUCUUCAAUCUAAACUUGGGGGAAGCAGGAGGAGGAGGAGGAGGAGAAGGAGGAGGAGGAGGAGGAGGAGGAGGAGGAGGAAGGGGAGUGGGAUGAGGACUACGUUAUGUGA